CCCCCCAAAAACAUCACUCAAAAUGCCAAAACUACCCCUCCCUCUCCUUCUCCUUUCUCUUCUCUACAACUUUUCACUGCUUUUGCCAACCUCUGCAUCCUCCUCCCCCUCAGCCUCUUCCGCUUGCAAGUCCACCCUCUACCCGAAACUAUGCCGUUCGAUCCUAUCCACCAUCCGAUCCUCCCCCUCCGAUCCCUACAACUACGGCAAGUUCUCCGUCAAACAAUGCCUAAAGCAAGCACGCAAGACAUCCAAAGCCAUCGACCAUUUCCUUCAAAAGACCAAACACAAGUCGGUCCCCGUAAACCACAGCGAGCGGAACGCGCUGGAGGACUGCCGCGAGUUCUCGGAGCUCAACGUGGAGUUCUUGGAGGCGAUCUCGACAAAGCUGAAGUCCGCCGAGUCGCUGAACGAGGCGCUGGUGGACAAAGUGCAGACGCUGCUGAGCGGCAUUGUGACCAACCAGCAGACUUGCUACGACGGGCUCGUGGUGUCGAAGAACACAAUUUUGGGAAACGACACAUCGUUGGCUACGGCGUUUUCGAAUGCUACGGAGUUGUAUAGCGUGUCGCUUGGUUUGGUCACGCAUGCAUUGGCUCCUAAUCUGAAGAAGCAUAAGAAAGACAAGGGCUCUGAUCAUGGUGGAAUCAAAGCACACAAAAUUCGGGAGCCACUUGAAACCUUCAUUAAGGCUCUACGGAAAAAUCCUGCCAAAAAAUCUACGGCUUCACAGAGAGAGGGGCGGAUUCUUGAGCAAAUGGAGAGCAGUGGCAUUCUAGUAAAUGACACCGUGAUUGUGGGCUCUUAUGAUACGGUCAACUUCACAUCCAUUGGAGAAGCCAUUGCUUUUGCUCCCAAUAAUUUGAAGGCUGAAGAUGGAUAUUUUGUGAUUUAUAUUAGAGAAGGAUACUAUGAGGAGUAUCUUGUGGUCCCCAAACACAAGACCAACGUAAUGCUGCUCGGCGAUGGCAUUAACAAGACUGUCAUUACCGGAAACCAUAACUUUGUUGAUGGCUGGACACCCUUCAAUUCUUCCACCUUUGCUGUUUCUGCAGAACGAUUUGUAGCCAUAGAUAUUACAUUCAGGAACACAGCUGGUCCUCAGAAG